AUGAGUGGAAGUAGAGCAGGUACAGCAGGUUAUGAUAUGAGUAUUAUUUUCUCACCACAGGGAAAGCUCUAUCAAGUUGAAUAUUCAUUCAAAGCAAUUAAAUCAGGUGGUUUAACAUCGAUUGGUAUUCGUGGUAAAGAUACUGUAGUUGUUGCAGCACAAAAGAAGAUCCCAGACAAGUUGAUCGAUCCAUCAACUGUUUCCUCCAUUUAUAAAAUUACAGAUUAUCUUGGUUGUAUUCAGACUGGUAUUGUUCCCGAUGCAAAGUUACAAGUUAGUAAAGCAAGACAAGAAGCAGCACAUUUCCAUCACAAGUUUGGAUAUCAAAUCCCACCCAACGUCAUGGCCAAGAAAGUUGCCGAUCAAGCACAACUUUCAACUCAACACGCUUCAUCAAGACCACUAGGUGUUUCAAUGAUUUUGAUAGGAUUCGACGAUGAGUUGGGACCACAGUUAUUCAAGAUGGAUCCAUCGGGUGCAUUUUUCGGUUAUAAGGCAACUGCUGCUGGUGAGAAGGAACAAGAGGCAACCAAUUUCCUCGAAAAGAAGUUCAAGUCUAAUCCACAGCUAUCGAGAGACGAAACCAUUCAAUUGGCCAUUUCAACUCUACAGAAUGUAUUGGGUGCCGACCUAAAGGCAUCCGAUCUCGAAAUCGGUAUUUGCAGUAGAGACGACACCAAAUUCAGAUUGUUACCAGAGGAAGAUAUCGAUAAUCAAUUAACAAAGUUGGCCGAAAGAGAUUAA